AGUACCAAGACAUACCACGACUUUUUCUUCCCUCGUCAACAGCACACAACUCGCCCUCGCGCCCUCCUUCCUCCUGCACCCGUUGAUUUCUUCGCAGCUGCCUCCACAACUGGUACAAAGCAUACUUGUCUUCUUCCCCCCCUUUUCUGAUAGCCUAGCCUUCAUCUUCCUCCCCCUCUCUCCCUCCCUCGCGCCGCGAGCGAUCCAUGGACGCGUCGUCGUCGGACCGGCAGUCGCCGCGCAGCAGGCAGCUGCAGCUGCAGGGCCCGCGCCCGCCGCGGCUGUCCGUCAGCAAGGACUCCCACAAGAUCAAGAAGCCGCCCAUGGUGCCGCUGCCGCACGGGGCCCAGCAGGCGGCUCGGAGCCGGCACCCGCUGGCGCAUCAUCCGCAGCAGCAGCAGCAGCGGCAGCCGGUCAUCAUCUACGACGCCUCGCCCAAGGUAAUCCACACGCAGCCCAGUGAGUUCAUGGCGCUCGUCCAGCGCCUCACGGGCCCGGGCCUACCGGCCGCCCAUCACUCGAUCCAGGCGGAGGAGCCGUCCGCCGUGCCGCCGCAGUUCCAGCCUCAGGAAUUCAUGCUCUCCCCGACCGCCGGGCUGUCGCCUGCGGCGAGGUACGCCGCCAUCGAGAGGUCCGUACGGCCGCUGCCGCCAGGGCCGGCUCCCUACGCCGGCUCCUGGAUGGACCUUGACGGCCUCGCGGAAGUCCUCGGCCCCGGACGGCCCGGGAUCCUCUCGCCCGUGCCGUCCAUGCUCCCGCCGGCGGCUUCGGCCGGGCUCUUCUCGCCGCUGCCGUUCGACGCCAGCUCCCUCUCCUGGCUCAACGACCUGAGCCCGUUCCUCGCUUCCGCCGGCGCCCGCGACCGCGAGCCGCUGUUCGCCUCGAGCCCGGGCAGCCUGCUGCUGGCCACGCCCACCAUGCCGUCGCCGGCGAUGAUGAAGUUCUUCAGCGAGUUCCUCCCGGACCUGUAAAUUAACCCUAUACUCCGGUUGAUUCGAUUUGUUUAUUCGGUUUUGGCGUCCGGUACAAGAAAGCUUCCGUGUUCGGGGUUAAAAAAAUUGUUGCCGCGCCGUCGCGGUAAUUUCGGGUGGUGAGCGUGGCGGCUAACCGGAGACGCGGAGUGUGCUGUGUGCAGGUGCGGUGUAUCAAAGAGUGACGUCCAUGAGAUAGAAUUAUUUUUGGUGAACAAAUUCGUAUUUUAUUGUGUAGGUAGGAGCAGUUGGAAUUAAUGGAGUUAGGAAAUUUCCUUACAACUCCUCAAAGUUUUCUUCCUCUUUGUGAACUGCCAUUGUCAACUGUGAGUAGGUAGAGGCCGUGCUGAUUAAUCUCCUCUCUUAUCUUCUCUAGGUAGCUAACCAUGCUUGGUUUUUCUUUCGUUAACUCUGAUUGUGAUGCUUGUAUUGUUGCAUGUGCAAUAACUAGUUCAUUUAUUUAUUCUUUAUCCUGGAUCUUUGGACUUGGUCUUGUUGUGUAUCAAUCUCCCACUUUGGGCUCAUCUCGAUCAAUCGAAUUUGUAUCUUCAGAAGCCUGAGAUGAUCCGGGCUAUAAUUAAGUAUGUUUUGGAGUGUCCGCAUAACAGAGUUGUUUACAAUUUUUAUACUCACUUCGCCCGGAAAUAAUUAAUGUCGAUUUGUAUAUGUCAAUAUGGUGGGGUUUUCUAGAUACUGAUGGGUGCUGCUUGGUUAAGACAAACUUAGGCUAGUUUUACGGUUGUUAUGCUCUGUUACUAUGAAUAAGUAGUGAAUAUUAAAAAUUAUCCUCCAUUUGGCAAAUUAUUAUCAUUUAAUAACCGCCCUGUUUGGCAAACUAGAUUAGUUAACAACUAAGGUUAUUCAGGGUAUGCAGUAUGCUUAUAUCAAUAUGAAUUCUUCUUGCAUGGAUCUCUACCUUCCUGACGUACAUCUUCUUCUAUUUAGAGCACAGCAUCUCCGAUAGAACAUUGUUGCGAAAUGCAGCUCCACAAACACCAAAGGACAAGCGAACAUGAGAGAUGGGAUUACCACAGUCCAUCUUAGAUAAUCCAUUGGAUCUAAAUUAAUUGUCAUGGGUUUUGCCUAAACCUAAACCUACGAUGAUUAAUUUGAAUCAGAGGGAGUAGCAAAAAAGAGAGAAGCAUGCAAAAAAGAGAGAAGCAGCAUGCACAAUGCAAAUUAGCCUAGAGGCUGUGUACCUGAUGGGUUGCAAUUCAUCCACGUCUAGUUAUUCCACCCCGGCCAUUUUUUUUUGCAUCUAACAUAUUUUAGAAAAGAAAAAUCAUGAAAUAUCUAAAAAAAAUGUGACCAAAUUUAGCAAGAUAAAGUCUACUGACAAGGGUACGGAUCCUCAAGUGUUGAUAUCCAACAUCAAGAUAUGCGCGAGGGAGGAGAGGGAGGCAGGCUCACCAAAAGUGAAGAUGGAUGAUACAAGUUAGAAGAAUGUCUUGUGUUCAAGGGGCAGCCAACGACAAGGAUGAUAUGUUCAGGAUGCACCACAAGUCGUGUACGAAUAUGCGGCGCACUAGGACAGCCUACGACGAGUCCGACACGUCUAAGGAGCGCCCAGAUCUGUGAGUCCAUGUUUGGGUCUGAGUCGAAUUCUAGUUUGAGUCGAAUUCUAGUUUGAGUUUGAGUCGGAGUCUGUAUUGAGUUUGGGCUACUCCUGUCUAUAUAAACAAGGGGUACGUCUAGGUUUAGGAGAGACCACGUUUUAGCUUAUUCAGAACCUUUUGUUGAAUUGCUCCAAGCAUUCAUUUGAAAAUAUAUAAUUCCUCUUU